AUGACGUUACCCCUUAUCUGGGGAGACUGGAUUCUGCCCCCUCUGAAGCCACGACAUCGGUCCCUAGAUAUGGCAGCACCUUGUGCAGUGCCAAGAACAUCUGACGAGUCACCAUACUACUUUGGGACCUCGGAUUUAGCAUGUAUAACAACGAAAGGGCGAUUUCAUUUAAUAACAAAACGAUCCAUCCAGAUGGACCCCGAAAGAAACCGAACCAAACGAGCAGCACCGAAGAGACAUGUAUUGGCCCCAACCCAUCGGUGGAUUUACUACAAAGGAUUUUUCUUUGAAUGGGGGACAGAUGCUGGGACGAAGAAUCGUUUAUUUGGAUUCUUGAAUGACGCUAAGAGUUAUAGCAUAAAAUCAGGACUUCCGUAUAAAGCAGACAAAUGUAAUUGGAUGUUGGAGUCUUUACCCGCGGGUUACUCGAGCGUGCCAGCAGAGUGUAUUAUGGGCUGUACAGCUAAUUAUAGGACAGUGACAGGUGAUUACAGCCUCCUAAAUAACAAUUGUCACCAUUUUGCAAACACUAUUUCAAAUAUUUUAUGUUCUAAUAUUUGCCCUGAAUGGUGCACUACGCCCCUUUAA